ACCCUGAGCGGCCGUGGGCUCGAUUUUAUGUGAUAAUAUACCGAGCAGAAGGUCUUCCUAGAAUAAACUCCAGUAUUAUGGCCAAUGUGACCAAAGCCUUUGUUGGAGACACCACAGCCCUCAUAGAUCCAUAUGUAGAGGUGUCCUUCUUCGGUCAAGUUGGCAGGACAUCUACUCAAAAGAGCACAGCAGACCCAGUGUGGAACGAGCAGGUAGUGUUUAAGGAGAUGUUUCCUCCACUGUGUCAAAGACUGAAGAUUCGGGUUCUGGAUGAGGGAAGCAUGAAUGAUGUGGCCAUUGGGACUCAUUACAUUGAUCUGCACACCAUCUCAAAUGACAAUGAUGGAGACAAUGGUUUCCUGCCCACAUUCGGACCGGCAUGGAUCAACAUCUAUGGCUCACUUCGCAAUUCUGCACUGGUGGAUGACAGUCAAGAGCUGAAUGAGGGUGUUGGGGAGGGUGUGUCCUACCGAGGCAGGGUUUACAUAGAGCUAAGUGUGGAGAUCCUUUCUGGAGGUGCUGCAGAAUCUAAAUCCCUGCACUCGACAAAGAUCAAUCUGAAAGAUGUAAAGGGAGGAAAAGCUGUGGCCAAAGAUCCCAAAACUGGAGCAGGGGCAGUAGGUGAGGAGGAGAAGACCAAGGCCAUAGGACCUGAGGUCCUGCCAGUGGAGCCCCAAGAGAAGAUGGCUGAUGAAGACAUGGAAACCUUCCUGCUCUUUGGCUCUGUUUUCGAGGCCUCUAUGAUUGACAGAAGAAUCGGUGACAGACCAAUCAGCCUUGAGUUCACCAUUGGCAACUUUGGAAACUUAAUAGAUGGUGCUGCACCACUCCCUGCUAAGAAAAAGUUAGAAGAUGUGUCAGUUGCCACUCCUCUUCUGGACACUAUAGCAACAAUGCCAUGCAAAUCAACUACAGCACCAGAGAAGCCCCUCUUCGGAGAUGUGCAGAGGCACUACAUGUACCUACCCAUUUCAAAGCGAAAGCCCUGCAUUUAUGUUUAUAGCAGCUGGGAAGAUCGAGCAUACCGGCUCCAUUACUCCAACAUGCUGGACACAAUUGCCCUGAUGUUUGAGGAAGGAGUUGCUAAGGUGUCAGAACUGGAUAAAAUGUUGGAUCCAGAGGCAGAGACUCUCAUGCAACGUGUUCUUCAAGAGUUCUGCAGAGAUGCCAGGGAGUUUAUUGCUUUUGCUGAAAAGAAGGUGAAGGGAACCAACUUGACCUUACUGGACAAAAAGAGACUUACUCUAUGCAAACAAGAGCUGGAGAGCAUGACUGAAGUAGCAGGAGGAAUCCUUGAGCCCAAGAGGAGAUCUUUGACAGUCAAAGAGAUGCUGCAGGAAGUCCAGAAAAUUAAAAAGAAACUGAGAUUUCUGGUGGAAGAGCCUCAACACACGUUACCAGAUGUGUUUGUGUGCAUGGUCAGCAAUAACAAGCGUUUGGCAUAUGCCAGAAUCCCUGCUCGUCACCUGCUCUUCUCAGAAAGCCCAGAACAGAGAGGAAGAGACUGUGGAAAGAUCAAGACCCUGUUCCUCAAGCCUCCAGGGAAGCGUGGACCAGGGUGGACAGUCCAGGCUAAACUUGAUGUGUAUCUCUGGCUGGGAACUUGCAAGGAUUCAUCCCAUGUGUUGGAAAAUCUCCCAUCAGGCUUUGAGCUGGAAAGAGUGUCAUCUGAGGACAGGAGCGGUCCUCCUCCUGAGAAUUUACUCUACACAGAGCAGCACAUGUUCCAGCUGAGGGCUCAUAUGUACCAGGCUCGUGGUCUCAUCGCAGCAGACAACACAGGCCUCUCAGAUCCCUUUGCCUGGGUGUCUUUUCUGUCCAAUAGCCAAAGCACUGGUAUUGUCAAGCAAACUCUGACACCCACUUGGAACCAGAUGCUCCUGUUCAAUAACGUGUCUCUGUGUGGAGGGCUUCAUGAAAUAGUCCAGGAGCCUCCAACAGUUGUAAUUGAAGUGUACGAUGACGAUGCAGUGGGUACAGAAUAUCUGGGGUCGACAGUGGCUCUUCCAGUGGUCAGACUGUCAGAGGAGCGAUACUCCCCUCCUCAGCUGCAGUACAGCCCACUGUUCUGUGGAAGCCUGUCAGGAGGUGACAUACUGGGAGCCUUUGAACUCAUUCAGGUCUCACAGUCAGGAGAGGACACACUCCCUGAUGUAGAUGAACCAGAUGGAGGGGUUUAUCUAGUACCCUCAUACAUCCGACCUGUGCUCUGCAUGUACAGAAUUGAGGUUUUGUUCUGGGGCCUGAGAGAGCUUAAGAAAGUUCAACUCUUAUCUGUUGAUCGGCCUCAAGUUUUCAUCAAGUGUGCAGGAGCAGGCGUCAACUCCUCAGUGAUACAGAGUUACAAAAAAAACCCAAACUUCACAAUGCUUGUAGAUGCCUUUGAUGUGGAGCUGCCAGAAGACGAAUACCUGCUCCCGCCUCUCACCAUCACUGUGGUGGAUUGGAGGGCUUUUGGGCGCAGCACACUUGUGGGGAGUCAUAUGAUUAACAACUUGGCCUUAUUCAAACACAUCCCCACAUUAACCCAACAGCCCCAACCAGAGCCCAGAAACACAGCAGUGGCUCUACUGGGUAUUCAGCAGACUGUUGUGCCACAGGCAGAGGAGGAGAUUGCCAUUGAGAUUGAGCAGGAAAGGACACUCACCCCUCUCCCCAAGACUGAGCCAGAGUUUCAGGACAAGAGGGUGUCAAAGAAGAGCAAACGCAGGUCUACAAAAAGAAAGAAACGCACAACAGCUGAUGAGUCUGCAGAUAACGUCAUUGAUUGGUGGUCUAAAUACUAUGCAUCUGUGGAGAAGACCCAUCUGGCAAAGCAAAAAGAAAACAAUCCAUUUCCACUGCUCUUUGACAAAGUUUCAGUUCCUCUGGAGAACAUAAUUUCAGAAGGAUUGACCAAUCUGGCAUCCGGUUUAAAGGAUAGGAAAAAAGAGAUGAAUUUCAAGAGUGUCGCAGAACAGCCUAGACUUGCAACAUUACAGGUGUAUGACAAAGAGCUGGAGGCUGAGUUUGGGCCUUUUGAUGACUGGGUUAAAACCUUUGAACUCUAUCGAGGAAAGGCCAAUGAGGAGGAAGGCUCUGUAGAAGGAAGAUUUGUUGGGAAGUUCAAGGGCAGGUUCUGUCUGUAUAAGCUGCCAGAAACAGAUGAUGAUAAAGAAGAUGGAUAUUUGGAUUCUGGGCAGUUUAAGAUAAACCAGGGUAUUCCUCCUAACACUGCAGCCUUCAACUUGCACCCAGCAGACCCAGAUGGCAAAGCAGACCCUUACAUAGUGCUGAAACUUGGGAAAACUGAGAUCAAAGACAGAGUCAACUACAUCCCAAAGCAGCUCAACCCAGUGUUUGGCAGAUCCUUUGAAAUUCAAGCCACAUUCCCCAAGGAGUCCCUGCUAUCUAUUCUAAUCUAUGACUAUGACACUGUUGGUGGAGAUGAUUUGAUUGGAGAAACGCAGAUUGAUUUGGAGAACCGUUUUUACAGCAGGCAUCGUGCCACCUGUGGUCUAUCUACUGAAUAUGCCAUUGAGGGUUAUAACGCAUGGAGGGACUCCAUCAAGCCAACUGACCUGCUGAUUAAGCUUUGCAAGGAAAACAGACUGGACAACCCUCGCUUCACUCCUGGACGAAUUACCAUCGGAAACAAAGUCUUCAUGGGUAAAACCGUAUUUCCAGAUGAAGAUCAGAUUGUGGAGUCAUACGAACACCUGGCUUUAAAAGUUCUGCACAGGUGGUCUGAGAUGCAAGGUGUGGGCUGUAAACUUGUCCCAGAGCACAUUGAAACACGGACCCUCUACCUCAAAGACAAACCAGGAAUGGACCAGGGCCAGUUGCAGAUGUGGGUUGACAUUUUUCCAAUGGAUAUGCCGCAUCCUGGUCCUCCUGUGGACAUCUCCCCUCGCAAACCCAAAGGGUAUGAACUGAGAAUUAUUAUCUGGAACACUGAAGAUGUAAUACUGGAGGACACAAACUUCAUAACAGGACAGCAGUCAAGCGACAUUUACAUCAAAGGGUGGUUAAAGGGUCUUGAAGAUGAUGCUCAGGAGACAGAUGUCCAUUACAAUUCUCUGACUGGGGAAGGCAACUUCAACUGGCGCUUUGUGUUCCCCUUCAACUACCUGCCGGCUGAGAAAGUGGUGGUGGUAAAGAAACGAGAAAACAUCUACUCUCUGGACAAAACUGAGCAGAAGAUCCCUGCAGUCCUUGUUAUUCAGGUGUGGGACUUUGAGAGGCUUUCUUCUGAUGACUUCCUGGGCUCAGUGGAGUUGGACCUGCAUUGGUUUCCACGUGGUGCUAAAUCAGCUAAAGCCUGUAAGAUGGAGAUGCUGACAGAAAACACUGAGAACGUUUCUAUCUUCCAGCAGAAACGCUCCAAAGGCUGGUGGCCCUUCAUUAAAGCUGGAGAACUCACAGGGAAGGUCGAAGCAGAGUUCCACCUGGUGACAGCUGAAGAGGCAGAGAAAAAUCCAGUCGGCCGUGCACGCAAGGAGCCAGAGCCUCUGGAGAAACCAAAUCGGCCAGACACAUCCUUCUCCUGGUUUAUGAAUCCUUUCAAGUGCUUCUUUCACCUAAUCUGGGGGAACUACAAGAAAUACAUCAUUGCAGGCCUGGUUCUGCUGAUUGUGGCCUUGUUCCUGGUUCUUCUCUUCUACACCCUACCAGGGGCAAUCAGCAGUAAGAUAGUCAAUGGUUGAGCAAAUCACACCAAUAUAAAA